AUGUCCGUCACAAUCCCUGCAGCCAAAGAAAAAAUGCCAAGAGUGGUUCUGGGUGUGAUUUUUAGCACUUCACACUAUCAACCAUACUACAUCUCUUCUUUAGGGUUGAGUCCCCAGCAGGAUUUAUUUCUGCGUCAAGGAAGAUUACAGCUAAUAGGAUUUGCUUCUUGGAGGCUGUUGGCAUGUUUGGUGCAAACCCUGCACAGUGCUUUCUUAAAGGAGAAUAUGGACCCUAUUUGUCAUCUUUUUCUUCUUCUUCUGGCCUUCCACAAGAUAAAUCCCUCUAUUUCGUCUUGUGUCACAGGAUGCUCUUGUUCUCAAGACAGCUUUGGAAGGAGUUUGCUCUGCAUGUCUACACUGCUGAGGCAGAUCCCUGCAAACAUCCCUCAGGACAUCCGGAAAAUUAGAAUAGAAAAUUCUCACCUAACAGAAUUGCCUCGUGGGUCUUUUGAGAACGUUAGUGCCUUGGAGUAUCUCUGGCUCAAUUUUAACAACAUCACAGUGAUGCACAUCAAGAGCCUGGAAUAUCUGCUGGCUUUGAAGGAGCUGCGCUUGCAAGGGAACAAAUUAAGUUCAGUGCCAUGGACAGCAUUUCAAGACACUCCGGCUUUGAAAAUCCUGGAUCUGAAGCACAACCGGCUGGAUGUCCUUCCAGAACACGCGCUCCGCUAUCUGCCCAACCUGACCUAUUUAGAUCUAUCCUCAAAUCAGCUUACCGUCAUAUCCAGGGAUGUCUUCUACAGUUGGCCUGUCUACCAGAGAAGCCAGAGGGCGGAGGGGCAGAUAGAAGCUAUUUCCAAUGCCGUCCUGGCCCUUCAUGACAACCCCUGGAUUUGUGACUGUCGCCUGCGGGGAUUUGUCCAGUUUAUCAAGUCGGUUGGCCCACCUAUUAUUCUGAUGAAUUCCUAUUUAACUUGCUCAAGCCCGAAAUUCAGGGCAAGGAAGUUUUUUCAUGAAGUGGAGCUCAACAGCUGCAUGAAGCCCCUGACCUCGGCCCUUGACACCAACCUGACAGUGCCAGUGGGGCUGAAUGUCACCCUGACCUGCUUUGUGCAAGCCAGCCCUUCCCCAGCUGUCUGGUGGACCUAUGCGCUUAAACUUUUAAGGGCAUUUAAUGUGUCCACCGAGCCCAUCAGCGAGGAGACCGUCCGCUCAGAGCUGCUGAUCCCUGUGGCACGGCCAGUGGAAACUGGCACCUACACCUGCACAGCCGCUAACUUCUUGGGCACCAUCACCCUCCAUGUGAGAGCCCCAUGGGCAUCCACUGCCUCCCCGGGCUGGGCCCCCAUUGCCCCUGCUGAGCUGGGCACCCAUGUAGAAGUGCGCAUCGCCAAGCAGACCGUCUACGGCAUCACCUUGGAAUGGUUUGUGGUGGCGGCAGCAGCAGCAGCGGAGCCAGGGGAGACCUGGUACACUCUCUUGGUGGGCCGCUAUGAUGCUGCCCAGAAGGACACAAUCUAUAUCGGGCCUGGCAUCAACACCUACUCGGUGACUGACCUACUGCCCGCCACCAAGUACGAGGUCUGUGUGGCCGUGCGCAACCAGGCGCCUCGCAAGGGCCAGUGCGUCGUCUUCGUCACGGGCAGCGAUGUCAGCCAGCUGGAGCAGCGUGAGAAGCUCAUCCACAUUGUGGUUAUCGUCUGCGCCAUGGUGUUGGCCGUGCCUGCUGGCAUGUAUGCCUGCACUGCUGAAGCCCGCCCUGGCUGCCUGGCCCGCUGCCGCCCCGAGGGUGGCCGUGGUGCCCGGCGGGCCCCAGCCCAUGAAGAGCCUGGCAAGACCCGGCCACCUCACAGGAACAGCGCUGACCUGUACUAG